AUGUCAUCAGGAAUUCAAGCUUUGUUAAAGACCGAAAAGGAAGCUGCUGAAAUUGUCAAUGAAGCAAGAAAGUACAGAACUAACCGUUUGAAGUCUGCCAAGGCAGAUGCUCAAAAGGAAAUAGAUGAAUACAAAGCCCAAAAGGAAGCCGAAUUGAAGAAGUAUGAAAGUGACCAUUCUGGUUUGAACGAUUCUAUCAGUAAGGAUGCUGACGUUCAAGUUGAGAGCGCAUUGAAGGACAUUAAGGGUAAAUACGCUGACAAGAAGUCCUCUGUCGUAAAGUUGUUGGUUGAUGCCACUACCACCCCUGCUCCAGAAUUGCACAUCAACGCUUAG